GAAAAAUGGAAAAACUAAAUCCAUUUGAUAAAAAUGCUCAGCAAAAUAAAGAGGAGGAAAACACGAGUUCUAGCGACGAGGAAGAAAAAAUAUCCGGAAGUUCAAGUGAUGAGGAUGGCGGAGAGGAUAGACCAGAUGGGUUUUCAUUAGAUCAGAUCAGAAGAAAAUACGCAAAUAACCAAUUAUCAGUAAAGGUGGUUGAGCAACUGAAUCCUCAUGUUCUCGACGAACUGAACCUGGAGGGGGUUGUUGAGUACAUAAAGCAGGGUCGAGCAAAUAAUAUUAUUGUGCUGGUCGGAGCCGGAAUUUCUACAGGAGCAGGGAUUCCGGAUUUUAGGACGCCAGGAACUGGGCUAUACAGCAAAAUAGCCAACUCUGAUUCUUCUAACUCGCCUGCAGGACUUGAUAUCAGAUAUUUCUCCGAGAAUCCUAAGCCAAUGUUUGAUUUGAUUAAAGAGCUAUACCUGGAUCAUAAUCCAACCUUAACCCACUACUUUAUUGCACUACUGGAGAAGAAGGGAUUACUACUAAGGGUGUAUACACAGAACGUAGACUCAUUAGAGCUAGAAGCUGGAUUGGGAAAAGAUAAGCUUGUGGAGUCUCACGGUUCUAUAAAUACUUCUCAUUGCUUACAAUGCAGCAAGGAGCAUAGUAGAGGAUGGACUAAAGAACGAAUAUUGUCUGAUACGCUUCCUAAAUGUAAUGAAUGCCAGGGAUUAGUUAAACCUGAUGUCCUGCUGUUUGGUGAAGAUUUACCUGAAAAAUAUUUUACAUGUUUGGAGCAAGAUUUCAAGAUUUGUGAUCUUCUCAUUAUCCUUGGAACCAGUUUACUGGUUCAGCCGUUCUGUGGGUUGAUUGACUGUGUUAAGAAUACAUGUCCCAGACUUCUAAUCAAUAAGGAAAAGGUCGGCAUUGCAACAGAUUUAUCAAGUAUACUAGAAAAGAAAGGAUUGCAGUACGAUUCUCCAGGUAACUAUAGAGACGUGCAUGUUGGGACGGAUACGGAUACAGGUUGCAAAACUCUAUCUGAGAAGUUAGGAUGGAAUUCAGAUCUUCAAAAACUUUUCAAAUCAGAGAAAAAAUAGAAAUUAUGUAGUUAAAAAUACAAUUUGGUGCUAAAAAAAUUUAAGAUGUUUUAUCAUAUAUUUAUGAAGAUGUUUUUAAUAACUCUAUAAAAUUUUAUCUUCAAAAUAAAUUUUCGUUGAAGAUAUUAUUGUUAAUUCUUUCCAAAGCAAAUGUCAUCGAAUGAUAAAAAAGAACUUGAGAAUUUUCCUGAUGGUGGAUUGCUGACUCAAAAAUGUCGCUUCUUAUGUUGAAAAAAAAGUCUUUAAACUUUUUAAGAUAAACGUUUUAAGAACACCGUUUUCUAGUUUAUUAAAUCCUUCAUAUACAGUAUACAGUAUACACUGAAACCAAAUCUAAACUCAUGCCAUGAAGUUAAAAGUUCCCACUACAUGGUUCUAGAAAAAAAAUUUAUGAAAAACUAAUCAUCAGUUGGAAAGAAAAUUCAUAAGAAUUAAUUUAAUUCUAGGUCUAUUCUGGAAAGCACCAUUUUUUGUAG